GCUACGUCAGCGAGAAGCUACCCGGCUUGUCUUGCUCAGUGCCCCUCAUCGCAAAGAUUUUGCGACGGCCGCCACCGACCCCUCUGCCCACACGACCUCGACUUCGCCGGGCCCUGGGCUGUGACCGCCUCUUCUCUCUUUCCCCGUUCUCGGGCUCUUCCUUUUUUGUUUCUGGCCCCCUGCCCUCCUGCCUCUCGUUGACGCAUGGGCCUCAAUUAUCUGGGUAACCCCGUGACCUAUUCACAGUCUGUCUCCUCACUCAGUUGGGCCCUUUGGUGCACCAGCUUGACUCUCACUGAUAUCUGCCCCUCUUCCCCGUCCCUCUUCAGACCCCUCACUCAUAUCCUCUGAACCAGCUGACAGACCCCUUUUCCUACUCUUUUUGAAGUAAUUCCUGCUUGAGUAGUGCCCAUACUAAGCAUACUGUGUGUGUUUCGUAGCUGAUGUGAGCCAAUUUCCACAUCAAGACUUUCCCUCUUGGUCUCCUCAGCCCGGAUGCUCACUUUGUCCCUCGCAGAGUCGGACACGACUGAAGUGACUUAGCAGCAGCAGCAGCAGCAGCCUUUGAGGGAGGCAGGGAGAGGCUUCAGUCAGUUCCCUUACCCUGGCCAAGGUCACUGCUGAGGAUUUGCACUUAGGUUUUUCUGUGAGGCAUCGUGGGUCCUUGCCUACCUCACCUCUGGCCACCCGAUGUCCCCAUAGCAGCCUAUGCCUCAGAGAGGUCUUUGAGGGGACAAGAAGAGGCUUUCUUUCUAACCUCUUGGGAGCCAGGAAAUGUCAGCUAGAGAUAGGCCUGAAUGAACGCCAGCAGGCCCCUGGCUAGUUAUGGUUCAAAGAACAAUUCUGUACCACAUAGGUUACAAGUGGGAACAGAAAGGCAUCCAGAAGGCUUUAGGCCUUUGCCUCCUUUUUUUCUGCUCUUCCCUGAUGGGGUUUGGUAGUGGGGUGGAUCAAGGAGGGAGGAUAUUUUGAACCGAAGAACUGAGUUUGACUAGUCACAGUUUGUUCUGUGGGAGAGUGGGGGCUCCAGUUGCUGUAGUUCUUUCCUAUCUCCUCCUUAUAUCAGAGAAGGCAGAGGACGGCACAUCAGUCCAUGGGAAUGUCCCUGGCAGCAUCAAGGACCAGGGACAGAGAGAUUGCCUUAUUUGCUUCAGAACUCCUCUUCCAGCUUGGCUGGUCCCACCAUCUCAAGACUCCUGUGCUUGAGCAGGCGCUGGCAUCUAGGCUUUCAGGAAACCUGGGAAGCAAAAGGACAGUGAUUAAAAUUGAUGAUGAAAGGUAGAACUACCAAGAGGACCAUAUCACUUGAGGCAACUGGAACCACUGAUCCUUUUACUGUCUUCAUGGUUUUGCUUUUCCAGAAUGUCAUAUAGUUGGAAUCAUACACUAUAAAAUGAAGGUUUCCAAGAAAAUUCAUAAAAAAGACGUUUUGACAAAUAUAAAUUUCUGAUGACUUUUGGAUUAUAUUACUGAACUGGGUUUGUGGUUACCCCCUGGCUGGACUUCAUGGAGGAUUUCUUCCAUGUCCUUCAUGGAGGACUUCUCUGAUUUCUAAUCUGAAUCCCAGAGCAUCCCCCAUCUUCCUGUGGACAGAAUGAGAGGCUUUCUAUAGCCAGGCAUAACUGGCCAUCAUGGGGAAAUUGAUCAGGAUGGGGGCACAGGAGAGGCGGUCACUCUGGCCAAAGCGGCUUCAUUGGAGUCGCCCCCUCUUCCUAUUGGGAAUGUUGAUCAUAGGUUCCACCUACCAGUACCUGAAGAGCCCGCAGGGCCUCCCCACACUGUGGGCAGCAGUCUCUUCCCAACAUCCUGUAAAAGUAGCCAGCCGGGACCUUUCCAACAAGGAGAUGAUGAUGGUGAGCAGUGAGACUUCAAAACCUAGCUCUGAAUUGGAGGUUGAGGCAUGGGCACCCGAAGCCACAGCAGGCAGAGAUGGAACAACACCUGGCAUAGCAAUGAAGAACACCCCCAGUACACCUAGAAGAACAGCCAGCAUCACUCCAACAAUACCCAAGAAUAACUACAGCCCAGCACCAACAGGCACAGGAAAAGUGAAGGAAGACACCUCAGCCACACCCAGAGGAGUACUGAAUCACUACACUCAAAGCAGACCAAUGGUAAAUAAUUAUACCCCUGAGACACCCAGGGGAGAAGUAAAGAGCUCCCGCCCAACUCAAUCCAGGGGUAAGGUGGAGAAAUACUCCCCAUCCCCACUUGGUAGGAUGGUAAACAGUUAUGCCCCGUCCACACUCAUGACAAUGCCAAGGAGCCAUGGGAUUUCCUCCAGAACAACAAUGAAAGACAGUGAAAUUAUGGCAACCAAGAAAAUGUUGGAGACCAACCCCCGCAAGAGACUAGUGGAGAAAACCACCCCAGGUCCUCUCAAGGGAAUAACUGAUAACACCCCAACCUUCCUGUUAAGUGACUUAGAAACAGACACCUUGACUUCUCCAAGAAAUGUGGUAGAAAAGAAGGUCCUGCCUACCCCCAAAAGACUGGACAGUAACAGCUCAGUCAACCACCAGGGGCUGGUGGGAAAAAACCCCCUGACAACACCCCGGGGAACGGUCCUGGAGCGCACUGCGGCCGUCUCCGAGGGGCAGGUGACAGUAAGCACCGUGACACGUGGCAGCCCAGCAGAAGCCAGAGCUUCGACUGCUGCUUGGAACGUCAGGAAUCCCUUGUCCAGAACCAGUGCACCGACCAUCAGAAUAUCCUCAACCACCUUCAGGGGGCUUUUGAAGAACCCUUCCAAAGCACCCAGCACCCCAGCAACUCCCAGGGUCAGGCCAAAUCCAACCAUCCAGGUCCGCCACUGCCUGGUGGUGGAGCCAGCCCCAGUUGCACCCACUGCCCCCUCCCCCAGUCGAACAACAGCUGUGAUCCCACAGACUCCUGGUCCCUCAGUGUUGCCUUCCGGGCGGCCGGACCUGCACCCCAAGGCAGAGUACCCCCGAGACCUGUUCAGUGUGGAGGAGCGGAGGCAGGGCUGGGUGGUCCUGCACAUCUUUGGCAUGAUGUAUGUGUUUGUAGCCUUGGCCAUCGUUUGCGAUGAGUACUUUGUCCCUGCCCUGGGCGUCAUCACAGACAAGCUGCAGAUCUCUGAGGAUGUGGCAGGUGCUACAUUCAUGGCUGCUGGAGGCUCUGCCCCCGAGCUCUUCACCUCCCUCAUCGGCGUCUUCAUCUCCCACAGCAAUGUGGGCAUUGGCACCAUAGUGGGCUCUGCGGUGUUCAACAUCCUCUUUGUCAUUGGCACUUGUGCCCUCUUCUCCCGGGAGAUCCUCAACCUCACCUGGUGGCCCUUGUUCCGUGACAUCACCUUCUACAUCUUUGACCUAAUGAUGCUCAUCCUCUUCUUCCUGGAUAGCCUCGUUGCAUGGUGGGAGAGCGUGCUACUGCUGCUGGCUUAUGCCUUCUAUGUGUUCACUAUGAAGUGGAACAAAGAGCUUGAGCUCUGGGUGAAGGAGCAGCUCAACAAGAGGCCAGUGGCCAAGGUCAUGGCCCUAGGGGACCUCAGCAAGCUGGGCGAUGGGACAGUUGUGGUGGAUGAGCAGCAGGAUAACAAGAAGCUGAAGCUUUCGUCCGUGCUGACCCGAGGGAGCAGCUCGGCCUCUCUGCACAACAGCACCAUCCGCAGCACCAUCUACCAGCUCAUGCUCCACAGCCUGGACCCUCUGGGGGAAGCCCGGCCCUCCAAGGACAAGGAGGAGGUGACCUUGAUUCAGGAGGCAAAAGCCACACCUCAGGCCAAAGCAGAGAGCAGACCAGAAGAGGAGGAGCCGGCCAAGCUCCCUGUGGUCACGGUCACACCAGCCCCUGCUCCAGACGUCAAGGGAGAUCAGGAGGAGGAUCCUGGCAGUCAGGGAGUAGGGGCUGAAGCUGAGAGCACAGGGGACAGGACAGGUGACGAGGUGGGAGCGCCUGCUGAAGGUGAAAAUGGAGAGCCAAGUGGCGGUGACGCUCCAUUAGAAGGUGAAAGGGAAGGAAAAGGAGAGAAUGGAUGUGAAGGUGACAUCCUGGCAGAAAGGAAAGGCGAUGAUGAAAGUGAAGGUGAAAUCCGGGCAGGAGAAGAUGGCGAAGUGAGAGGUGAUGAAGGUGAAAUCCAGGCAGGAGAAGACGGUGAAGUGAAAGGUGAUGAAGAUGAAGGUGAAAUCCAGGCAGGAGAAGGUGGUGAAGGUGAAACUGAAGAGCAGGAAUUGAAUGCUGAAAUUCAAGGUGAAGCCAAAGAUGACAAGGAAGGCGUAGAUGGUGAAGGGGAAGGUGAUGGAGGUGACAAUGAAGAUGAAGAAGAGGAAGACGAAGGAGAGGAAGACGAAGGAGAGGAAGACGAAGAAGAGGAAGAUGAAGAAGAGGAGGAAGAGGAGGAGGAAGAGGAUGAAAAUGAGCAGCCUUUGUCCCUGGAAUGGCCUGAGACCAGGCGGAAGCAAGCCAUUUACCUCUUUCUCCUGCCCAUUGUGUUCCCGCUGUGGCUGACGGUUCCUGACGUCCGGAGGCUGGAGGCUAAGAAGUUUUUUGUUAUCACCUUCCUGGGAUCCAUCCUGUGGAUAGCCAUGUUCUCAUACCUCAUGGUUUGGUGGGCUCACCAGGUUGGCGAAACAAUAGGGAUUUCUGAAGAGAUCAUGGGUUUGACAAUCCUAGCAGCAGGCACAUCAAUUCCUGACCUCAUCACCAGUGUGAUUGUUGCUCGGAAAGGCCUGGGAGACAUGGCUGUGUCAAGCUCCGUGGGCAGUAACAUAUUUGAUAUCACCGUGGGCCUGCCCCUUCCUUGGAUGCUUUUCUCUCUUAUCAAUGGAUUGCAGCCUGUUGCUGUCAGUAGCAAUGGCUUGUUCUGUGCAAUUGUUUUGCUUUUUCUCAUGCUCCUCUUUGUGAUCUCUUCAAUUGCAUUAUGCAAGUGGAGAAUGAACAAGAUCCUGGGCUUCACCAUGUUCCUCCUGUACUUUGUAUUCCUGAUAAUCAGUGUGAUGCUGGAAGAUCGAAUCAUAUCCUGCCCUGUCUCUGUCUGAGUCAGGGUCACUGUUGCUCAAAAUGGACAUGGGUCAGAAAAUUAUGCCAGAAGUUACUGCACAUCUCGUCACAUUAAAGAAAGAAUGAACCUGAUCUGGGAGAGUGAAGUGAGUGGCCAGGAACCUCUGAGGUGGCUGUGAUGGGGCUGAAGUCUGUCCUUGGAAGCACCUGCAGCUCACUGCGGAUCAGGACUCUGGAGGGGUGGCGCUCCUACUGCCCCUUCACGGAGGCCAAGCAGGACCUGAGUCAGAGGCUUUUCUAAAUGAGAUAACUGGGAGUGAGGGUUGGGACAGGCAUCAUAGCAAUAAGACAGGCACCCAUGUGACAGUUCCCUGAUUAAUCUUGAAAGGCUGCUGAUCCAAAAAGGCAGGUGUGGUCUCACCUUCCCGGCCCUUGCCCCCAGCACAUGCUGCAAGUUGCUGUCUCCUCUUUUACUGUUCAAAGUAUGUGCUUCUAUCAGGUUUGUACUCCUUACAGUUCAGUUACUGGUGAGGUUAAGGGGACGAAAUAUAACAAGAAUAAUUAUCAUUACAUAUCAUAGUCCAGUAAAAUGUAUAUCAAUGUUUUACAGCUUUUUCAAAGGAGGAUAUCUGCUCUCAUUGUUGCAUUUCUGGAAAGUCAAAAUAAGCAGCCCAAGAAAUUAUAAUUUGCCCUUCAGUUGGAAGGUUUGGAUAUUAGGGGAGGAAAACUAUUCUGAGGGUCAUUUAAAAAUAUGUCCCUACCCAAGUUUGUGUGGUAUUAGACAUUCUAACAAGCUGUCCUGGCUCUGUACCCCACCCCUCUUACAGUCUCACCUAACAGUGGGAGCUGCUGCCAGUGAGGGAGAAGCAAAGUAAUUUUUAAAAAGAGUCUAGUCAGUAGAUCCAAAUCUGGUUUACAAAGCAGGAGAUCCAGUGGGGCAAUGCUAAUUUUGUAUGUCAUCUGAGACAGGAUUAUAAAGCAGGAAGAUUGAUUUCUUGUGUGGAUUACACGUGGAUAUUAAGGUGAUUACAAAGGAGAAAUGCUUAACAGAGUGCCGAGAUGGAGAGGAGAAAAAGUGUUACUACCUUCAAGGCAGCUGGUGUAAAGGACACCUGUGUUUUUUAAAAAAUUGUGUGGUUAAACAUUUCAUGUGGAAGUUGAAAUGCUUGUAUAUUAAAUAUUGCUGCUUGCUGCCUUUUACUGGCAUCAGCUUAAGGGGCACAUGAAAAAUGAAACAGUGCUAUGCCACUGGUUGUGAAGCAAAAGCUCAGGUGAAUGUGGGUUAUGACAGUAAAUACGGCUUUAAUUACAAACAUGAGAGGAUUCACUGAAGACUAGAAGACAGCCGGACAGAUGGGGAAAAAACUGAACAUUUUGGUGUUGAAGGGCUGUUUUCAAAGUAUUUUAGUCCCUAAUCCAUCUUCUAAGAUGGGCUGGUUAAUUUAAUUCAUGGCCUCACUACUCCCAAGAUUCAUGUUGUUUGGAAAUGACUUUUACUAAAUUUCAAUAAAUUGUGAGUCCCAAUGAUCUUUUAUUUUACAAAAAUGGAUGUGUUCAUUGCUCCAGAGAAGACUGAUGGAUACAGGGUCAUAUUCAAAUUCCACGUUCUUAAACUGGUCAUCUCAUUCCUGACGCUGCUGCACUGCCUGGUCUCCAUGCGCUGUGGCCUAGGAACGAGAGAGGGCAGUGGCCACGGAAGGGAGCGCCCAGUGCCAGCACUGGGCUGCAGCCUGGUCUCUGCCCCCAGUCUCAGCCGGCCUCAGAGACGGCCCCUCCUCACCAACAGCCUGGGAGCCGAUAAUCUUCCCCAGUACAGCUGAGUGGGGAGUGAUGGACAGUGAAACGUUCUGUAAAGAGAAAGUGCUGGACCACCAUUUAAUGAUUAAAACCAACUAAUGAUCAAAUAUCCUCUUCCUGAUCAGUUUGCUAAAUUUCUGGCAUUUAUCUUUGCUGAGAAAGGAAGUUCUGAUUUCACACUCUGAAGAAAAGGGUUAAGACAUAAAGUGAAAGUUGGGUCUCGAUGGAUGAGCACCUGGGAGAAAGAGGAGGUUGCAAGGAGAUGGAAAACUUGUAUAACUUCUAAAGAUCAAUUUGUUAUGCUUGAAAUUAAGAUUAUUGUCAUACAUUACAAAUCGAUAGUUUAUUAAAAUUGUACUCAUUUAGAGGUAAAGUACCAUCUUAAAAUGUCAAGAUAAUGGUUAGAUGGUCCUCUCAUUUGAUGGGUAAAGUGACCUGUGUAGCUAGUUACAUUCAGCCUGGGAAGUCAGACCUGUCAUACAUGAGUAUCUAAAUUGGGAGAAGGUGGCUGAAUAGAUGAUUUCUCCUUCAUCCCUGUUGAGGUUGCAUUUCCUUGAUGGCCCUGGUAACAGGCUUGGGCCAUAUUUAUAAAAAUGUAAAACUCUUCCUAAUUUAAUGGGUAAGAUUCUGUAUAGUAACAAAAAAGGAUAUAUUCCAAAUGUUUUAAAAUUAAUGUAUUUUUAAACAGUUACUAUACAUUUUGAACAUUAUAGUCUCAUAUAGAUCUGAAACUGUUUCUAUCAAAUUAGAGGCUUGGCCUUUUAUGAUACUACAAAGUAUCACAAAAAUUAUAUAUCCCAAUUACUGUUUAAAGAUUGAGUACCAAAAGAGGCAAGAAUUGGAAUUUGAUAUUUAAGACAGCUUGGUAGAUGCAUUUGAAAAACAAGUUGGCCUUACAGCUCACAGAGUAUCCUUGGCUCCGGUCCCCUUUUUGUGGGAAAGUCCCCCUGCAGAUGCAGCUUGCAGUGUAUUUUUGGCCUGGUUACCAUGAAAAGUAUGAGAUGAGGAUGAGAUGAGAGAGGAUGAGAUGGUUGGAUGGCAUCACCGACUCGAUGGACAUGAGUUUGAGCAAGCUCCGGGAGUUGGUGAUGGACAGGGAAGCCUGGCGUGCUGCAGUCUAUGGGGUCGCAAAGAGUCGGACACGACUGAGCGACUGAACUGAACUGACCAUGAAAAGUACAAAGAGAGGGCCAACAUCAGGCUUGUCCAUCCCUGUGGAGUCACUAGAGCCAAGCAGGACGCCCUGGCCUAAGGUGGUCCUCAGGUCCUGUGAUGAGCUGGUCAAUAUGGAGAAUUUCACUUACAGAAAAAUUCCAUCAGUUGCUCCAGUGGUUUUAUCACAGUACUAUGCCUGAAAAGAAAAUCUUUAAAUGCAAAAGGAAAGAGCCAUCCAAAUGAAUAGCAACUGUGGAAUGGCUACAGUAACAUUAUCUGAAGAGUCUGUUACCAUCUCACACAUGCACAUGGACUUUUUGAGUCAGACAGAAAUUGUCAUAUUAAUUUGUGCAAUACUAACUUUGUAAAUAAUUAAGCCAGCAUAUGUACUUACUCUUCAGAGAAAGAAGGUAGUAUGAAAGGGUAAGAAGAUAUCAAGCACUGAGGAUAUUAGGUAAACUGACCUGCAGGCACCAGAAAAUUCAACUCCGAAAUAAAACUUAACACUUAUAUCUUAACUGGAAGGGCAGAGCACGCUAAGACCAGCACAACGGCAGACCAAGGACCCUCUCAACGAGGCAGCCUUUCCCUUCCUGCUCAGUGAUACAGUGCCUAACAGCAGCUUUCAGGUUCCAGUGAGAGAAAAAUAAAGCUGGGCUGUUGCACAUUAUUACACAACUGGUUAUUUUCUUACCAUGUACUUAGAAAAUAUGUAGAAGUACAAUAUAACUUACAUAUGUAGCAUGCUAACACUGGCUAGUUGCACUGAAGUAUCAUAGUAAUCACCAGCAUAAAAUAAAAAAAAGCUUAUCACUUAAAAUUCUGAACCAGCAUUUUCAGGGGCCGUUUCUCCACGUACAAAAAUGGAAAGAUUUUAUUAGAAAACCUUAUAAUAAAUAAGCUAGUGGCUUUAGGAUUUUAAAGCAGAAAAAUCUUCCCCCCCCAAAUCAGAAAAAAAAGAUAAAAAUCAGAAUACUGCAUAACUCCCUUUCAAGAGGAAAAAACUGGAUAUUCAAAUAUGAUAUACAAAUGUGUGAUAUUCAAAACAGAAUGGAAGGAAGUAGUAAGUAGUA